AUGGUUCACGUGGCUUUUUCGCAAAAACGUCCCCUGCUGGUGAGCGAAAUGAUCUGCUUUUUUGGGUGUCGAUCUGCCACCAUGCAGAAGCUCCUGUUUACCGCGAAUAGGAGAAGCCUCGGCGUCCUAGAUGACCGGGUGGGCGAGGCAAUGGAUGUUGUGUUUGCCCAGGAUCAGCAGGAAGCCAUGAGUUCUCCGGACUUGCAAGUUGAUAGCAGCUACAGCUGGCAGUAUCUCGAAGCCAGGAGCCAGGGGGUGGUUAACCAGUAUCGUGCCUGGGUGAUGCACAAGGGCUGCCGCAAACGAUAA